AUGAACCAAAACAGGAUCACCAAUACUGACGGUGCAACAGAAAUGGAUUUUCCAGGUGAUGCAAAUGCUCCUUCGUUUUGUGUGUCACCAACAACAAAAAAUGCCAACUUAUCUAUCUUUGGUACCAAUAAUAUUUCCGCCAACCACAUCCGGGUAAUUGUUGGUAACUCUGAACACCUGGAACCAACAAUGCGGGUUGGAGGCUGCAGCACCUUUGGAAAAGGUCCACCAAGCACUUGGAAGUCUGACCGACCAAAGAGUUAUCAUUGUGGUGGUCAAUCUUCAUUCAUACCAAAUUCUAUGGACUCUCCCCUUUCAUUAAAAACUGUUGAGUCUGUUAGUGAUUACAUGAACUUGGAUGAAAUUCGUUCUUCAAAUCCCACCUGUCUCUCCUAUCUUUUCUCUCUGUCUUUCUUUCUUUCUCCCUGUCUUUCUUUCUUUCUCCCUGUCUUUCUUUCUUUCUCUCUCCUGUCUUUCUUUCUUUCUCUCUCCCUGUCUCUCUCCUCUCUCUCCCUGUCUCUCUCCCUUUCUCUCUCCCUGUCUCUCUCCCUGUCUCUCUCCCUUUCUCUCUCCCUUUCUCCCUUUCUUUCUUUCUCCCUUUUUCUUUCUCCCUUUCUUUCUUUCUCCCUUUCUUUCUUUCUUUCUUUCUCCCUUUCUUUCUUUCUUUCUUUCUCUCUCCUUUCUUUCUUUCUUUCUCUCUCCUUUCUUUCUUUCUUUCUCUCUCCUUUCUUUCUUUCUUUCUUUCUCUCUCCUUUCUUUCUUUCUUUCUUUCUCUCUCCUUUCUUUCUUUCUUUCUUUCUCUCUCCUUUCUUUCUUUCUUUCUUUCUCCCUUUCUUUCUUUCUUCUUUCUCCCUUUCUUUCUUUCUUUCUCCCUUUCUUUCUUUCUUUCUCCCUUUCUUUCUUUCUUUCUCUCCCUUUCUUUCUUUCUUUUCCUUUCUCCCUUUCUUUCUUUUCCCUUUCUUUCUUUCUUUCUUUCUUUCUUUCUUUCUUCCCUUUCUUUCUUUCUUUCUCCUUUCUUUCUUUCUUUUCCCUUUCUUUCUUUCUUUCUCCUUUCUUUCUUUCUUUUCCUUUCUUUCUUUCUUUCUCCUUUCUUUCUUUCUUUUUUCCUUUCUUUCUUUCUCCUUUCUUUCUUUUUCUCCCUUUCUUUCUUUCUUUCUUUCUUUCUUUCUUUCUUUCUUUCUCCUUUCUUUCUUUCCCUUUCUUUCUUUCUCCCUCCUUUCUUUCUUUUUCUUUCCCUUUCUUUCUUUCUUUUUUCUUUCUCCUUUUCUUUCUUUCUUUCUCUCUUUCUUUCUUUCUUUCUUUCUUUCUUUUCUUUCUUUCUUUCUCCCUUUCUUUCUUUCUUUUUUUCAUCCAUAUAUUUGUCUUUUUACAUCUUUGUAUGUAUCUCAUCUCUUUACAUGUCUUUUUCACUUAGUUUUUUUUAUUUUUGUCUGUGUCCUUCCCUCCCUCUGUAUACGUGUCUCAUUUCUCAUUUUUCUGCACCUGUGUAUAUUUCUCUCACUCUCUCUGAUUUUGUCUGUUUUUCUUUACCUGCCGAAUAGUCUUUGUCUAUAUUUCAUUUUCUCUCUCUCUGUUUAUGUCUCUGUCUUCAUCUAUUUUUUUGCAUUCUAUCUUUAUCUCUUUCUUUUAGUGUACAUGUCUCUCUAUCUCUUUCAUCUUCCUUUCUCUCUUUCCCAAAUACAUUCUUUUAUCCUAAUUUAUUUUGUGAGUCACAAGGUGGUGUUCAUAUUACUGGUGACAUAA